UUGACUCAACCAAGCUAUUCAGCAAUUCUGUCCACGUUACUGUACAAUGCAAGUUGCAGCAGUCGGUCCGAUUAAUCGCCAAGUAAGUAGAACUUUACAAAAAUCUCUCAGUUUGAGACGGAAACUAAUGGCGCAACUUGACUCUGUUUAGAUGAAAGUUAUGGGGAGCAGUAAGUGAAACCUGUUUUAAUCAGUGCAAUUAUUUAUCAGUUGAGCAACGAAAAGAUUCAAUCGAGGAAAAGCAUUUGAGUCUUCUUGCUGCGGCAAAAUUGCAACAACGGGAGGUGUUUCCCCAACCGCACACUUUACUCAACAGGAAGAUUCAGAGCAGCUGAGAUGAGACUUGUCACUUCGGUGAUUUUUGUCCUCUGUUUUCUUCAAGUGACUUUGUUUGAAGAGAUUCCAGGAAUCAACAUCAAGAAUGUUCGGCUGGAUAAAUGUAUCCAUGCAAAUAGUCAGAACAAUCGAGUGUCUCUCACUGAGUGUAAUGAAAAUUCCAAGCAGCAGCUUUGGAGAUGGGAGUCCCGCCUAAAAUAUAUUGUCAGCCUCAAAACCAACCAGUGUCUCACUGUUCAUAAACCCAAUGAACUUGGAGCUGUGAAAUUGGAGCCCUGUGAUGGUCGCCACCCCCAGGAGUGGACAUGCAGCAAACGGGGUCAUUUAACUCUCGAAGGCUACAGUUUGCAUCUUAGUGUAAAGCACAAGACAAACAAAGUGUACGUUUCACAGGAAAAAGGCAAAUUAAACAAGUGGCAUACCUUGAAAGAUGAAACCAUCUGUACAGAGACGGAUCAAGUUUUGCAACGUGAAGAUAAUCAUAUUCAAGUUUUGGAAAAUCAGACAGCAAAAGUUGAAAAAUCAACAACAAUCCCUGUGACUAAUUUUGCCACAGAGACUUUCUAUUCAAUAUUUGAAAACUUCACAUACGCUAAAGAAAAUGAUAAAACAGUGACAUUUAAGUAUACUGAUGGAACAACGUGGAAAAUUGUCAUGGUGAUUCUGGGCGGGAUAACGUUGAGUCUGGGAAUAAUUGUACUGAUUCUGAAUAUCACUCAUGACAAAAAGAAAUUAAAGGCUGGAAUUGUUGCUGACUCAGAUGAGAAAACGUCUUUGACAACUGGACUCAAACUCCAACAUGAUGUUUCUCGUUCCCCAUCUUUAAAACACGGAGAAAUACUGAUUGAAUGGAAAGAUGGCAAGAUAACAUCCCUUUUUGAUCAUAAUUGAGAUAAUAACUAUUAGCUUAAUUAGAAUCAGAGAUAGUUAUUGCAUGUAUUUGAAUGAGAUAUGGAGCAAUGGAGUAAUGCCUUAUACUAAUGCCUUAUGCCUUAUAUGUAAUAAAUAAUCCAAACUGAUGUAUAGUGGUAAUACUUGUUUGCCAACAUUUUCUGGAGUGCAGUGUCCCAGGAACCCAGGGGGUUCAUUUAAACUUGCUGCAGUUUACACAUUUCCUUCAAGAGUGUUUUAUUGUCAUAUGUCCUGAAACGGAAGAGUGAAAUUCUUUCUUGCAGCAACAUAACAGAUAUGCAAACAUAGUUCUCUGUAACUACCAUCAUAAACAACAAAAUACUCAUUUCAGGAGGAUUGGCAUUUAGUAGAAACUUAGAUAACCUGAAGCGUCAUCCUGCGAGCAGCUCUCACUACCACAUGCUGGCCUUAUCUGCAGAGAACAAAGGGACCUUGCACAUUUAGAACCUGCUUCAAUAACUGUACCCUGGCCAGAAAUAGCAUACAUCUGAAUUUUGGAUGCUCAGUUUCAAUGUGUAAACUAUCUUGUUCUAUGUUCCUGAAUGUUUCUCUAAUAUCUUUUCAUCUACAUCAUUUAUUCCAUCAACUUCUUUGCCUUUGGAAGUUGGGAAGAGCAAAUUAAUGUGCUUGUUUUUCCAUUUGGUAAUCAAGACAGGCAAGUACUUUCACUAGUUGUAUGUCCUAUUUUCUAUGCUGAGAAAGAUCAUAGUGAGAGAUGACUUUAAUAAUGGGAUUAGCAUACAUAGGUGGUAAUUCGUGUGGGGAAAACCGGUAGGAAAAAAAAGAAAUUAAAGCUGAACUUAGUUCUGCCCUAUAUUUGGUCAUAUCCCUUUCAAAAAUGAAAGGUAAACACCUGCAGUUUUGGAUUGUGAGAAAUUGGAUCCUCUUCUCUUGGAGCUGGCUCGAAGGACCGAAUGGCCUCCUCCUGCACCUAUUUUCUAUGUUUCUAUCUGAAGCAGCUACGCAGAACAUGGCUGAACCAUGAAUUCCACCCGGAUAAUGGUCUGACACAGGCCGAGUUUUCUUGAGAGGCUAGGAAUUCAUUUACAUCUUUAACAAGACACAUUUGAAUUGCUAAACAAGUAUUUUUUUUAAAGUCCUUUUUUGUAAAAAAAAAGUUUCUUCUAAACAAAGGGAUGAUCUAACCCACUAGACUGUGCUAUACUUUAGGUAUCUUAUGUAAAGAUGUUAUAAGGAAUGUUGAAAACCAGUCAUGCAGAAUUAGAAAAUUAUGUUCUUUUAAGCAUAUUGCUGAGAUGGAAAUCUAAAAUUGUUUUACAUUUUUAUAAAAUAGAUCAGAUUAACACUGAAAAAUAUAGUUUCCUGUAAAAUCUUGCAAUAAAACUGAAUUUAGUCUAUA